CAACAGAAGAACCUCGAGGGCUAUGUGGGAUUUGCAAAUCUUCCCAAUCAAGUUUAUAGGAAAUCUGUGAAGAGGGGAUUUGAGUUCACACUCAUGGUUGUAGGGGAAUCCGGACUGGGGAAGUCGACGCUGAUCAACUCGCUCUUUCUGACGGACCUGUACUCCACUGAAUACCCAGGUCCUUCGCAUAGAAUAAAAAAAACAGUCGAGGUGGAACAGUCAAAGGUUCUGGUAAAGGAAGGAGGAGUCCACCUUCUGCUCACCAUUGUCGACACCCCCGGCUUCGGUGACGCUGUUGACAACAGUAACUGCUGGCAGCCGGUUAUCGACCACAUUGACAGCAAAUUUGAAGAUUACCUCAAUGCAGAAUCAAGGGUCAACAGACGGCAGAUGCCAGACAACAGAGUGCACUGUUGCCUGUACUUCAUUGCUCCCUCUGGACACGGACUAAAGCCCCUCGAUAUUGAAUUCAUGAAACGGCUACAUGAAAAAGUAAACAUCAUUCCCCUCAUCGCCAAAGCCGACACAAUGACUCCUGAGGAGUGUCAACAGUUCAAGAAACAGAUCAUGAAAGAAAUCCAGGAGCACAAAAUCAAAAUCUACGAGUUCCUAGAGACGGAUGAUGAGGAGGAGAUGAAGAUGAUCAGGAAAAUCAAGGAUCGUUUACCCCUGGCAGUGGUCGGUAGUAACACCAUCAUUGAGGUCAAUGGAAAGCCAGUGCGCGGGAGGCAGUACCCAUGGGGUGUGGCUGAAGUGGAAAAUGGAGAACACUGUGAUUUUACAAUCCUUCGGAACAUGCUCAUCAGGACCCACAUGCAGGACUUGAAGGAUGUGACAAACAACGUUCACUACGAGAACUACCGCAGCAAGAAGCUCGCAGCUGUCACCUACAACGGCGUGGACAACAACAAGAACAAGGGACAGCUUACCAAACCUGAGACGGAUGAUGGCAUGAGUCCUCUAGCCCAGAUGGAGGAGGAGCGACGGGAUCAUGUGGCCAAGAUGAAAAAGAUGGAACAAGAAAUGGAACAAGUGUUUGAGAUGAAGGUCAAAGAGAAGCUCCAGAAGCUGCGAGACUCCGAGGCAGAGCUCCAGAGGCGUCACGAGCAAAUGAAAAAGAACCUAGAGGCUCAGCACAAGGAGCUGGAAGAAAAACGCCGCCAUCUCGAGGAGGAGAAGGGCAGCUGGGAGGCCCAGCAGAGAAUUCUGGAGCAGCAGAAGUUGGAUGCUUCCAGAACCUUGGAAAAGAACAAAAAGAAGAAGAUAUUUUAAUAACGCUGCAGGACCUACCCAAUGUUAUAGUCUAUUGUUUUGUAUGUUUUUCUCCAGAACUUGAAUUUGACCAAUCACUCUGUCAUACUGUCCUAUUUUUGAUCAUGGCUUCGACUCUAUAAACAAAUACUUUCACAUUUCACAAAAAACUGAAACGGUUUGAAAGAGUUAAGUCGUUCUUUCCUCUUUUCCUCCUCUACCUGUGCUGUAUCCUUUUUAAUGCCAAAAAACCCAAAGAGGUCAGUCUUUCCUUGAGAGGCUACAGCUCACCUCAGGCACUGUUCAUAUAUAUAUUACCAUACAUACAUGCAUAUGUUUGUAUAGGUAUCACAUUUAAUCUCCUCCAGAGAUAGUAUGCUCCUCCACCUCCUAAUGUAAAGCGUAUAACCUUGAAUCUGCAGUGUUUAACCUCAAUCAUUUGUAACAUUUUCUUACUUUGUAUUCAUUUUAUUUUCUUUCGUAUUGGCCCUGGUAUAGAAAUAUUUUUCAUUUUGUUUCCAAUGUCACAGCCAGAGCUUUCUGUCCCUGCUCUCGGAAAACCAACUUAUAAACCUGACUGCACUCACGCUGAGUGUAACGAACUUACGAAACUGCUCAUCAAGUGCUUCUAUGUGAAUUCAUUGGAGCUUCUUGUGCAGAUUCUAUAUCAAACUCUUUUCACAAACAAAUAUUUAUGUGGACAGCUUGUGAAAAGUAUCUUAGAUGUGGGUGGAUGAGAAAGCUGAAGCUGAGAAUCCUCACUCAAACAGGUGUCCCUUUGGUAGUUGAACCAAGCCGGCUUUCUUUAUAUCACAUUUAGCGCUGUUUGUGUUCUGCAUCUAUAUUUUGUAAUGUCCUGUUUCUGUUUUUAUUGUAAAAAGUCACGUAAUAAAAUUGUGAUGGGGAAAAAAAA